AUGCAAAAUAAAAAUCGUAAAAAAUGUCACUGUAUAAAGUUAUUAAUCAAAAGUUUAAUAAUAGAAAAUGCUGCACUAUGUGACGAAGUUGCUAAAAUUCAAGAAAAUAUACAAAUCGUGAAAGAAGAAAGAAGAUUUUUACUUCGUAAACUUUUAGAAUAUGAAAAAAAGGCAGAUAUGAUUAUUUCUUAUUACUCACAGAAACCAUUGAAUAUAUCAAAUGGGCCAAGAUCAAAACCCAAGAAAAGACGUAGCUUUGAAGAAGUCAUAAAGAAUGCA